AAACAAAUAGUUGAUGGACUGACCUUUUUUUGCCUGAGAUUAGGAUAUAAAGAGUUCGGUCAAUUGAAAAAAGUUUUCAGUUCUUUAGUAACUUUGUCUCAGUUGGAUAAAAAAAAAUUUAAGUUUUUAAAAGCUUUUUGUGAGGAUGUUUACUAAGUUGCUUAUUUUUGCUGCGUCUAUUGGAGUUAUACUAGCAGCUGAUAACAACGAUGUUCUGAAUUGUAUACAAAGAAAGUAUGAUGAUGAUCUGGGCAAUUCUUUCACCAGUUGCUACGAAUCAUCUCAAAAAAUGAGGCCAGAUAGAAUUACGACUUGUUACACUGAAGUAAUGCAAGAUAUUGGAGUCGUUGUUACUGCCAGCAACGGUCAGAUGACAGUAGACAGAACGAAGUUCGGAGAAUAUGGAAACAAAAACAGUGAGAAACCGAUUGGAAAAGCCAUGGAGGAAUGUUUCAAUAAUCAUAAAGCUGGUGAUAACCUGUACAAAAAAGCUGCCACAGCCAGUCAAUGCGUGUUUAGUAAAGUGAAAAAGAUUUGUGACAGUGAGGUAAAAAAACUGUAACUUGUCACA